AUCUACAUCUAGUUGAAAUUUUCCAUCGAACCCGUGGUCUUUCUGUUUAAGUGUAAUCUGUUCGAAAGCCAUCACUCCCGCAGCUAUGCCAGGACUUUUUCCAACCAUUGACGGUCACGAUUCGGGUACGGAGUCCGACGGAGACUUGGAUCAGGAGGAUGAUUUGAUUCAGGAACACGACAUGGAGCUGAGUCUCAGUUCCCGUCAGGACACAGCUUCACCGACCGACACGGCGUGUUCGUCGGAGUCGCCAGCAUUUUUGGGCCCCGCUUCACAUUUGCUGCUGUACGAUCAGAACAGCUCCGAGGAGGAACUGGAAGUGAUCAACGGUGGCGUGCUGGAGGUGGGCAGCGAAACCGACGGCGACGGUGGUGGUGAUGGCGGUGGAGGUGGCGCCGACUGUGCCAGUGGUAUCAGUGCCGGCAGCAGUGAAAGUGUUAAUCAAAUCGGAACCAUUGCGAGGAUCACCAGCCGGCAGCACCGGGCGCUUGCGGUGGAAACCGAUGGCAGCGACGGGAUCGAUGAUUGUACCGACGAGCUGUGCUUAACGUCACCGACGUCACCGACGGUCGGACUGCUGAGGCCCUUGGCGGUUACACCGAACCAGCUGGGGGCAGUCAUGUCCAAACGGUGUAGUUCAAACAAUUUGCUCGAGAAGCGCAAACGUUCGCUGGCGCACAGCUCGGAUGAUGAGGUACGUCAUCUGUUAGAGCAUCAGCAGCACCAACAACAGCAUCACCAUCAUCAACAUCAUCAUCAUCAUCAUCAUCAUCACCAACACCACCAGCAGCCGCUGAUGUCGGCUCCGGUGAACUUUCGCACAUCACCACCACUAGAAGCUUUAAAACCACACCGUGGCCAUAUUAUCCAGCGUUCGACCACGCCACUCAUCCUGACGGACAGCGGUCGUGGCCUGGAGCACAUUAGAAUAUCAUCGUCCUCGUCGAUCUCGUCGACGACGUCUUCACUUUCGUCCCUGGGGGGAGGAGCUGCUGGUGGGUCAACAAUCUACGGUGGAGGCGUCGGAGGCUUACCCCCCUGUGAUAGUCCCGCGACCGUCAACUACGGUACUGGCCAUCAGCCGCAGCAUCAUAAUCAUCAUCAACAGCAUCAUCAUCAACAACAACAACCAGCGCAGAAUAGUAAUAAUCUAGCACUGUUAAGUACAACAAAUGCUUCCACGGCCAGCGGCAGUAAUGGCAGUGGUGCCUCUACCGUGGUAACCGCGGCUGGCACACUAGGAAUGGCCUUCGGGCAGGGCCAGGACCCGCCCGGCGGGACGAUGGCCGGCACCGCCGCGGUAGCAAGCAACAAUAUGGAAAUUAGCCGAUCUGUUAGUCCUCCAGCGAAAGUGUUUCAUUGUGCGGUUUCUCCGCGGCGAAGGCAGCCGCGCCAUCAGCAGCAGCGGCUACAGCGGCCACACAGGCCAUGUUUAGAUUUCGACAAAAUGCAGCAACUGAAGGCACGAUCAGUGACCACGUGGAGACACAGUAACGAGCAUUCGGGCGAACUGUCCGUAUUCUGCUGGUGAUGAUGAGUUAGCGGCGAACGGUGGUUGUCCAUGAACGGCAGUAACAGCGACGCGAACAGGGGUGGCAUCCGUCCACGACGAGUGACCAUGCUGCUGCUCCAGCUGCGACCGGAAUUGGAUUGUUUUGAAGACCGCUAUCGCCCGUAUCUUCCGAGGAGGAAACUUUUUUCGGCGCUUGUUACUGUACUGCGCUGUACGGACAGUUUACUUCGGACAGCUCUUGCAAUUUGAAGAAAUAGUGCACACUAUUAUACCCUACUUUUAGCUUUGGGGAACUGUUUUACAUCAGGGCAACCACCACACACACGCACCAGUGCGAUAUUUGAAUAGGAGAGGAAAGAGAUGCAAAGCCUAGAAUAAUGCUAUUCGCGACACUGAAUAAAAUUCAGUGCACUUUUGAGCUUGAUUUAUUUAACAAUACCACGAGAAGAAAGAUGAUUAAAUUGAAAAUCUCACUGAAAAAAAUCUGUGCUAGCGAAAAGAGAGUCAAUACGAAGAAGGUUGCAAUUUUGUGAAUGUAAGCUGGAUUUUGUUAUCGGUAUAUAAGAAUUUACAAACGUUUUAUUCAUAUCUUUUUAUAUUAACCUAUUGAAAUGCAUACCUUUCAAAGCGAUUUUGUGAUUUUAAUAUUUAGUAGCGUUUUUUUUAAGUUUAAUCUUUGCGUCUUAAUAGGAACCAGCAAUUUACAAUAGAAUUAGUCAAAACAGCCUUCGGAACUGACGAAGUGCAAAGCAAAUACAUAGAAAAUGUUGCAAUUUGAAUUGUGGAUGUUACGUAUGCAUUAUAGGAGAAUCCUGCUCGGUCGUCGUGAGUGUGUUUUUGUUUGUUUCGUACUAUCUACUAUUAUACAACAAACCGUGAGAUUCUAGGACAACCCACAAGCCACAACUGGCAGUUUAUAAAACUGUGACCAUUUUCGCGAGUACACAAUAACUGGCAACCAACACGCUCAAUUCCGGUUCCGACGCCGGACGCGACGGUCGUCGGACGGGGGAGUACAUUUUCGAGCAGUAACAACGAGACACGUGCGGAGGCCUAUAUGCGUUUGAAGUUGAUUGGAAAAACCUGGCUAAAAACUAAAAUUUGUUUGUUUUUAAGACAGGUACAUACGUCGUCUGUUUCAAGCCACGGUUGCGUUAUACCAUUUGAUGUUCAUUUAACUUGUCGCAGAUUUGAAUGGUAAAGUGUGUGAUCUGGAUAACGAAUCAGUUGGUAUCGUUAAAUCUUUAUUACCAUUACAAGUGCGGCCAUAAAGAGAUUUGACUUUCAUAGAGAAUAUAUCAUUUGUUCGGUUCCGAGAAAUUCUUGGAUACACCUAGAAAUUGCAAAUGCAGUAGAAAGAAGCAAUGUUGUCCACUGUCGAUUUUAAUCCACAGUAUCGUAGGAAAAUAAAAUUUCAACAAAUUGGUUGUUAUUAGUUUCACUUAAAAAUAAUUGAUUAUAUUAUUUGAUUCUAGAAUCAUUUUACCUUUUAUGAUUAUUGAAUUGAUUCGUGGACUUGCAACAAGAGAACACACUUUACUCUUCAAGAACAGGUCAAGAGUUUCCGAAUAUAAAAUGUCCACAAUCGAGACGGACAUAGCUUAAGCAGUAUACAUGGACACGAUAAGAAAAGUUAAAUUCUGCCACUGUUAAACAAGCAUACGUUCAAUAAACAACAAAGAAUACUGCCGUAUAAAAUAAAUCUGCAUUGUCAGAUACAACAUCUACAAAAGGGAAAUAUUUCACCUGGUUAAUGCUCAACGCCUGCCACUCGUAAGUCGACAGAUUUUAUUUCUCUCACACUUAAACGUCCACACUUCGGAAAUCUAAUCAAUGACAGAAGCAUUUAAACCCGAUGAUGUCUGUAGAUAACAAUAUAGAAGAAAAAUAAUUACACGAAACAAAUAGUAUCUACUCGAUUUAACUUCGAAGAAUAUCAGAAAUUUUAAAUAUCUGAAUGCGAAAAUAGCGCGUAACCGGCGAAACAACACAUAAUUAUUGAUUACAAUAUUUUACCGAAUCCAUAAAAUACGGCGAAACACGCGGAUCGUAGCAUAUUAAAACAAAAAGCAAAAAUAACAAUUAUUAUUAUUGAUUGAACGAACUGCAUGAAUCCAGUGAACUUCGGUCAACUACGUAGAAUAAAAAAAAAACGAAUCCAAUUUUGAUUACUGACCGUAGCAGCAUAACUUAUUGAAAGUCAUACAGGACUCCAUUACAGCUACCACUCUUAGUUAUAUUCAAACAAUCAAACCGCAGACCACACAGACACAGCGCAAAGCAAUUUUCCGUGUCUCAAGAAUGGCACGGUAAAAUAUUCCUCACCAGCUGUUUUGAACUCAAAACUUUAUAGCAAUACUGUCAACGCAUGACAUAAAGGGGAUCUUUUAGGGGAAAAAAGUCUAAUCUAAUUGCCCUGGUUGAAUAAACAAAUUCGCUAUAAGUAUCUCAAAUCCAAAUGCCGCUUAGCUAGAUUCAGUUUUCUAAAGUCAAAAGAAAGAUAUUUUGUUAAACAUUCGCAUCGAGUGGUGUUUGUUUAUGGCAAUUGUAUGUUUCUAACAGUUUUGGCCAGAUUAAAAGCGUUUUACACUAGUUUUCUCGAUGUAAAAAUCAAUAUAACCGGAUUUCGUUGGGAUAAAAUCGAUCUUUUCUCGUUAAUAGAAAGUUAGUUUCAUGUGGAAUCCGAUGGCUGGACGUUUGAUUACGGUCCGGGAUUGUUUUUCUAUAUUUUUACCGAAUGAUAAACAUUGCACUCUAUCAGCCAUGUUACUUCUUGAUUUACCAGGAAUGAUCAACAAUCAAACUGAAAUGAUCACAGAUCUUCUGCCCUCACUUUCACUUUACUUACUUUACUUUACUUUACUUUCUCGACGACAAUCCGGUUAUCGAAUUAAUACUGAAUUUAGGAUCCGUUGCCAGCCUUAUCGGUCGUUGGCUGCCAUUCUUCAAUCGCUCCUAACAUCCGCCCGUUCUAGCUUCCUCGUCAAUAGUGCCAACGGGCACGUGGCCUGCUUCGAAAACGUGGACCUCUGUCGGCUUCUUUGCAGAAUUUUGUGUUUUUGCUGGUCGCUCAUCCAGCAUUCUUACUACGUGGCCAGCCCACUGCAGCCUGUCGUGUUUUAGUCGCUUCACAAUAUCCACAUCUGCGCUUGCGCCACACUCAUUUUUCUGAUAUGCCGCCUGGAAUUGAUCGCAGGAUCUUACGUUAAAAAACGCCAAGAGUUCGUCGGUUUCUCUCUGUCAACGUUUGCGCUUCAUGACCGUAGAGCACCACUGGGCGAAGUAGCAUCUUAUAGAUCGCGAUUUUCGUACGGAAAUGCAGGCCACGGGACCUUAGCUGGCUACGCAAUCCAAAGAUGACCCUAUUGGCAGCCGCUAUCCGCCAUUUUACUUCACGAUUCAUAUCAUUGUCACAUGUCACUAACCUACCUACCAAGUUAGACAAAUUCGUCGACCAAUUCAAAAGUAUCUGCAUCUAUCGCCACCGCAAUUCCAAUACCUGAAGGGCAACCACGCUCUCAACCAGCCACAAUACACUUUGUUUUGGUAGAAUGUCCUCGCCAUUUUCUCAUUAAGAUGCGUUGACGUCUCUUUCAUAGCUCUACGGUUAACACCGAUGAUAUCGAUGUCGUCCAUAAACCCUAGGAGCAUGUGAGAUUCCGUGAUGAGGGUACCGCUUCUCUGUACGUCUGCCCUUCGAAUAACACUUUUCAAUGCAAUUUUGAACAGCAAAUUCACCAGUCUGUCGCCUUGUUUCAAACCAUGCGUCACGCAUUAAUACGUUAACCAACCCGCUAUUCUGAUGCUUGAUUUUGAACCGCCAAGGAUAGCACGUGUCUGCCUAAUCAGUUUUGUUAGAAAACUGAAGCGUCCCUUUCGAAAACGGUUCUGCUAUUCGCCAACAAAGGUUUCCUGCAUGGGUCUUAGUUUAUGAAACCAGAUGCAGCAGAGAAUUUUGCAUACAGAGUGAAGCGAGUAAUUCCCCAAUAGUUGUUGCAAUCGAGCUGAUGGCCCUUAUUCUAAUUAGGUCAUAUAAGACCUUCCAAGCAGUUCUUAGGUAUUUCCUUUUCAGUCCGUACCUUUAUUGUAAUCUGUUGGCUUGCACAAUACAGGAAUUCGCUACCGAUUUUAUUAAGCGCAGCAGGGAACCGUUCUUUACAGCUGCUUUGCCGUUUUUCAGCUCUCUAGCUGCUUUAUUAACCUCGUCCAAAGUUGGUGGAUCCACAACUUGACUAUUAUCCGUAAUCAUUAUCCUGCUACAGCAUUUGACAGCUCCAUCUUGUUCACCAUUCAACAGUGCAUCGAAAUGUUGUUUCCAACGCCUUGCCACCUCUGAUUUUAAGGAUUUCCCUUCUUGAUGUUGCACAUACCAUUCAUCUUUUUUAGAAUGUUUCUUCUCCUCCGAAAGAAUGCGUUCCCAAUUUUGGUGUUUCUUACGACGGUAAGGUCUCUUUUCGGCGGCUCAAGCAUCUCUGCUAUAGGGUAGCACAAUUGCAGCCAAGAUGAGCUCUGGCGCGAUUCUUAUCGCUAGUUACUCGUUGGCACUCUGCGUCAAACCACUCAUUGCAAGUGGUCGUUUGCUUGCAAGAUCUUGUGAGUCAAAAAUGAAACGCCCGUGUCACGUCAGUUCGUCAGUGGCAGUAGUACCCAUCAUUUCUCGCGCUGUACUACUAAUCGCAUCGUGGGUGUGCCUCCACUGCCCGUUAAGAUUCCCUUCAGCUUGUUCGCCGAUCCGCUCAUCACUUUUCCGAGAGUACUUUGCAGUAAUUUCUUCCGUUGAUAACCACCGAAUGUUCUGUCGUAUCUUCCUCGCUGGUCUCGAUUUGAAUACGUUGGACAACCGGGCGCGAAGCUUGCUUACUGCGAGAUAGUGAUCCAAAUCGACGUUCGGUCCCUGGAAGGACGGCACGUCUCCGACGUGCAAAAAAAAACAGGCAUCUUCAUUGUUUUCAGGGAUGCUUCGGAAUGUCCAAUCGAGCAAAAUAGAUACUGCAGUUAGGUGCAUUUCCUCUGGCUGCAGCGAACUUGAUUAGCCUCAGGCUAUUGUCGUUUGUGUUAAAGCGGAGGCUUUCUCUACCAGCAGCAAGUUGAAAGAACUCUUAGCGACCGACCCGUGCAUUUAUAUCCCCGAUGACUAUCUUUAUGUCAUGCCCUGGGCACUCUCCAUAUGUCUUUUCGAGAAGCUCAUAGAACUCUUCCUCAACACGCUUAGAUGGUCAUUGACGGGCCUCCAUCUAAUGACACGCCUUAUUCGUUUUCCAACUCCAUGUUCUGUUUUAUUGCCGCCACUGUAAUAGAUAUGAUACUUGUAUGUCGUUCCCGCAAUAGAACCCCGUCUUCGGUCAUCGCGCUUCUUGGCUGCAACCUCGACCUUCGUCUUCUGCAGCUCUCUUGCCAGAACAUACGCGCGUGGCGGUUUAACUAGAGUCCUAGCUAGCGAGACACAGCGUUUUAUGGAUCAGCCGCCCGCUUCGGAUCAGUCGCUGUUGUACGCCGCUCCUAACUUGGGAUACAGUCGCGCACGUGGUAAGAAAACGACGAUCCAUCGAUAAAUAAACGAUAAAUAAAAAAACAAAACAAGGCGAAGCAGGGCUGAGCGAAACUCAUUGUCAAAAUGCAUCCCUAUAUGAAUGCGCAGGGUUUGUUUGUGACACAAAUUUUGAGCCCGCCUCGUUUCGAGCCCACAACAAACCUUGCCUCGGAUAAGGGAGUGUCCAUGAAGCGUACGCACCAGCUUAGGUUAAGUGAAUAUGUAUUAGUUUCAGCUUCGUGUAAAGCGUGUGGGGAGCGAGCUGUGAUUCUAGUCACUAAAACAUGGCUUCCUGUCAUAGGCCUGAUAAAUAUACUACAUAACCAAAAAGAUUCUUUCAAGAUGACUGGCAACUCUGAAAAAAUGCGAGAGACAGUAAAACAAUGCUAUCUGCCAAGUGAAAGAUGUGCUAUUGCUAUACCAUAUUUCGUAGAUGUACUUAACGUAUACUUUUCAAAAAGGUGUAACUGCGAAAUGUAAACGAAACCUUUUGAUCUUUGGAAAAACUCGGAAAUCAAUUUCGGAAUCUUAAGUAAGCGUAUACGGAAAGGAUGUCCUGAGGGGUAAGUCCCGGUGUAGUGGUUAGCAUUCACGCCUCUCACGUCGAGGACCAGGGUUCAAAUCCUAACACCGUAGAAGUCACUAUACAGAUCUCAACACUGGGCAUUCAGUCAAAUCUCGACGAACAGGUUUAGCGCACCCUUUGCGGAUGAUGGGGUAAAUGUUAGUUUGUGAUAUGUGCCGUCAUUCCAAGCAAUACCUAGGCAAUAUAAUAGUCAUUUACUAGACCAAAACUGCUGUAAACAACGCGUGCCAUAAACAAAUACCAUACCGCCGAAAAGUUUGUUAAAAAAUCUCACAUUUGACAUCAAAAACGAAUAUUACACAGCCGUAUUUGAAGAUACAAACGACGUUUAUCGACAACAAAAUUUAUUAUCGAGCGGGACGAUUUAAGACUCCUCGUUCAUCACGUAGUGUCUGUGUGCAGUCUGUGAUCAGACGGUAGGUGCAAGCAAAUGCAGAUGAAUAAUAUCAUUUUCGUGUGAAACUCCACACAUAUAAUCGUGUUUUUGUUUUCUCAAAUAAAUAAAAAUUGUGAUUUAAUUCAGACCUCCCGCAUAUGCAUGCAUGGCAGGCAAUUAUCCCACCCCCCAUAUCCGUUAUUUCAAAGUGUCGUAUGCUAGGGUAGGACCGCCCGCUGUCCACCCUCCCAGACAAAACUUUGAGGGGCUGUGAUAUUAUUUGAGAACGGAUUGAGGGUACCCUGUGAUUAUCUAAUAUUAUUUUCAGUUUGCUUGGGUCCUUGUUGCUUCUUUUACAUGAAACCUGCCGGCAAGCUGACCAUCAUAUGAAAUUGAAUAGAAAAAAACCCAGAUUAUGUUUUGCAUUUGACUUAAGUAGGCCAAGAAGCGAAAGAUGGAAUAAAAGACUAAAUGUUUUUUAAACACCUAAGAAUCGAUCACUAGUCGAACGACGAAUGCAUGUAUAUUUUUCACUAAUCAUGAUUUUUAUCGUGAAAUAACAAACAACAGUUUCGAUACUCAUUAGAAGCAUCGGCAGUGGAUGAUCAAAUCGAAAGAGAAAAAAAAACGAGAAAGGAAGGAUUGAAGCGUAAACUGAACAAGCAAAUUAUGAUUGCUUGUAGUAUUGACUGCUAUAAUAAACACGAAACAAACUAUAUAUAUUGUAUUAGUAGAAACCCCGAAUAAAUGAUAAAAAAACACAACAAAGAAAAAAACAUUUUCAAUACAACUACUCAUUCCGAUUCACUUUGCGGAUGAAUGAACCGAACGAGACUAAAAUUUAGGCUCGCGCAAAUACACAUAAACAAAACAAGUACAUACAAAUUUGUAGAUGUUGUCUCAGUAAGAAUUAGGUAAUCAUUAUUGGAAGAACGAAGCAGACAAAAAAACCUUUAAUAAACAUUAUACAAAAGGAUUGAAAACAAAACAAAAAACAACCAUUGAAUGGUGAAUUGAUGGAUCUAAAAAAAGGAUGGUGAAAGUGAAGCCAGAUAUCGAUAAAAGUAAAAGCAACAAACGCGCGACAACUGGAAAAAUCAUCUUGGAAAAGAAAGAAAAAAAUACAAAUGAAACAAACAACCAUUUAAACGAGCAUAGCGAUGAUAAGUAACCUUUUUUCUUUACUUAUGUUGUAUUAUUAAUUAGAUACAAAACAAGAAAUAAAUUAUAAAGGAUUAAUCCAAGUGAAAAAUAAAAAA